AUGGCCACUAAAGUACAAGCACCGCCCAGCAUUCCCGACCACGACCGCCUUUCUUCCCAGGCUGCCGACGACAACCCCUCCCGCCGCAGGACCACCUUUGACCUCGAGCCCAAUCCCUUCGAGCAGUCCUUCGCCCGCCCCUCCAAUGACUCCUCCGUCCGCACCCGCGCCCCCGCGGCCCCCUCCUCCCACUCCGACGACUCCCGUCCCUCUUCCUCCUCGAACUCAAAGCUAGACCGCAACCACUCGUCGUCCUCCCCGGAUCCCAAGCCCGUCCUCCCCCCGCUCGCCAGCAUCUCCUCCCCCUCCGACCCGUCGUACACAUGGGCCUUCUCCUCCUCGUCCCUCUCCAACUCGCUCCGCUCCGGUCCCCUCUCCCCCGCCAUGCUCGCCGGCCCCCAGCCCAAUUCGAACAACGAUCAGCCCCUUCCCGCCUUCGACCCCUCCUCCUUCCGAACCGGGCUCACUCCGCGCACCGGACUCACCCCAGGCACCGGCCUCACGCCCCUCAUCGGCGGGCCCGUCUCCUUCCCUCCGCCCUCGCCGAAUACCGCAGCCUUCCUCGCGAUGAUGCAGGGCAGCGCAGCCAACGCGACCCCGAGCUUGUCCAGCGUCGCCGGCACCAUCACUCCCAACACCCUCUCUGCCAUAACCGGCGUCCUCUCCACUGCGCACCACCCGACCCACCACGCUCAUCACGGGCACUCGCAUGCGACGACCACCCCCUCGCCCUUGUCCAUGUCACACCAGUACCAGUCACAGGCUCAAGCUGCGCGAGAGGCCAACGGCUACGCGAACAACCCUGCCGCCAACACUGCCGCCAACGGCCUUUUCCUGCUCUCCCAGGCUCAUCAGGAGCUGACAAAGCGUGAAGCAGAGGCCCAGGCCCAGGCCGCCGCCAACGCCGCUGCCUCUCCCACCAGCAACGGCACCUCGCCUGUCCUCUCUGCCGGCAACGUCAAGCGCGGAACCAAGCGCAAGGCGACGCCCACCUAUUCGCAGGAGCAGGCGCAGGAGCUCGGCAUUGGCAAGCGCACGCGGUCCGCGACAAGCGCGCGCAGAGGCAGCGUGCAGAGCCUGGACUUUGAGGGCGAUGAGGAGGAGGAGGAGGAAGACGAGCACGACCUGCAACGGCAGCAGACUCCGCAGGCGAACAAGAAGCCGAACCAGCAGAAGAAGCCCGAGACCGAGGAAGAAAAGCGGAGGAACUUUCUCGAGCGGAACAGACAAGCCGCUCUGAAGUGUCGCCAGCGCAAGAAGGCGUGGCUCGCGCAGCUACAGGCCAAGGUCGAGUACCUCUCGAACGAGAACGAGCGGCUGACGAGCGCGCUGGUUGCCUCGCGCGAGGAGAUCUCGCGGCUGUCGGCGCUUGUGGGCGCUGCGACCGUCGGGGGCAGCGUCUUGCCCGGCGUCGUCGUGAACGGCGUGAACGGCGUCCCGGUGCAGGGCGGCCCGCCGGUGAGCGUGAGCGUGAGCAUGCCGCCUGGAGGCAAGAACGCCGCGGCGAUCGUGGGUAGCAAUGGGAGAGGUUAUGGGUACUAG